AUGGACCCCUCCAAGCGCGACGAUCCUCCAGCUGCAUCAUUCACUCCCACUUCGGACGCACUCGCGUCGCCAACUCCCACCACCGGUCCUGUAAACCGGUCGCCUCGCAUAAACGAUGUGUCAAUCAAAUGCUCCCGCGCGCGCUACAUCCCCUCAGGCGCAUACAACCCCUCGGCGCAUCUCCAGUCUAGUUCCCUGAGAGAUGAACAUCGAAGUUCCAGCCUGAAGAAGCGGUCGUCCACCGCGUCGCUGCGAUCUGUCCGCAACGACAGCAGAACCUCGACUUCUCCUCACCGUAGUGUGUCGCAACACUCAACGUCGUCGCUCUCUAGCUCUCCGACCGCCACUACACCGACCACUUUGGGUAAUCCCAAUAUGCUGUCGAAAAAGUCGCGCAUUGCUAAAGCAAAUGAGCUUCCCAUACCCACGGCUGCCUCUAUCGCGGCAGACCAUUUUCAAAGAGAGGUGGAGCUGCACCAGUCUGCUGACCUACAGUCUCAAACGCUCGUGGUCAUUCAUGAUGCUUGCUAUGGCCAUCGCUUCUCGCGUCCCCGCGCAUCCAGGGCAGCUCUGGGCUCGAUCGUUGAGAGACCAGAGCGUAUCCAAGCUAGUGUCCUGGGGGUGUCUGCAGCUUACGUGCGUCUUGCUCAUCGCUAUGAAGGGGGUAGGUUCGCCCCCCACCCAGACAUGAACCUUGACGAGCUUCCCGUGCCACCGUUUCAGAUCUGCAGAACGGCACGGUCGAUGGCGCUCAGCUCCCCGGCUGUGACGCAUGUACAUGGUUCCAGGUGGAUGGACGAUCUGAAAACUAUGUGUAACGCAGCGGAAUCGCGACUCGCAUUGAACGGCAAGGAAUUGGUCCGACCCCCGAGUGCAGGGAAGGACGGCGCCAAAGAAAACGCGCCUGCACUUCAUGAAGGUGACCUUUAUCUAUGCGCAGAGUCCUUGAGCGCAUUUGAGGGAGCUUUGGGUGGUGUCUGCGAGGGGGUGGAUGCCGUCUUUGGCCCCAAAUCAACGAAGCGCGCGUUCGUGUGCAUCCGUCCUCCGGGCCACCAUUGCUCGUCGGAUCAUCCGUCCGGGUUUUGCUGGAUUAACAAUGUUCAUGUAGGCAUCUCCUAUGCUGCUAUGACCCACGGUUUGACCCACGCCGCUAUCCUGGACUUUGACCUACAUCAUGGCGAUGGUUCGCAGGAAAUCGCAUGGGAGCAGAACCGCAAGGCUACCGAAGCUCCCCGGGGUGCAGCAAGCUACAAGAAGACCGCUAUUGGAUACUUCAGUCUUCACGACAUUAACUCGUAUCCUUGCGAAAUGGGGGAGCCGGACAAAGUGCGCAAUGCAAGUGUGUGCAUAGAUAAAGCACAUGGUCAGUCGGUUUGGAACGUUCAUUUGGAGCAGUGGAAGACCGAAGUGGAAUUUUGGGAUCUUUACGCAUCCAAGUAUGCGGUACUGAUCGAAAAGGCGCGUGCCUUCCUACGCUUUCACACUGAGCGUCUUGCUAGUACGCCCAAUGGACCUCGACCCGCUGCAGCUAUCUUUAUCUCUGCGGGAUUUGACGCAAGUGAAUGGGAAGGGGCGGGCAUGCAAAGACACAAGGUGAAUGUGCCUACUGAAUUCUACGCCAAGUUUACCGCAGAUGUUGUGCGAAUGGCGGAAGAAGAAGGCCUAGGAGUUGAUGGCAGGGUCGUCAGUGUGUUGGAAGGAGGCUACAGUAAUCGCGCCCUAACAACAGGUGUUCUGAGCCAUUUGUCGGGGCUAGGGGAUGCGACCUCGUGUCUAAUGUCCGGCGGCGUGGACGACAAGGCCGAUCGUUUAACGGCUGAGAUGACGAACCGCUUGGGCCUGCUUGACAUCUCAGCGAAUGUCCAACAGCCAUCAGGUCUGCCAGUUUAUGAGAGCGCGUGGUGGUCGCCAGCUCUGCUGGAAGAACUAGAGGCAUUGGCAUAUCCACCACCCACCCUGAAGCCCCGCGAGAAGUCUGCGCCAACCUACUUUGCUCCUACCCAGUCAUUUACCGCUAAAGUGGUCACCGCGCCUCGAGAUCGACGAUCAACUGGUUCCCAGAUCAGCGUGGAAACCGAUGCGCCGCCAUUGCCGCCUAUUAGCUGGGCCACCGCAACGCAUGAACUCUCAAGGAUUCUUAUCCCGAGCCAUCGGCAAACCACAAGCUGCCGGCCAGAAGAUCUCAACGCAGAAGCCACACGUUUGCGACGGGAACGUCAAACAGCCGCCCAGCACACCAGCACCCCCUCGGCUGGGAAUGCAGAAAGUCGGAUGAAACUCCGUGCGAGGAAACCCAAACCUCCAUUACCGGAAACCCCGAAUGCAGAAACGUCGAAGCGGCAGGCCAUUGCAAACAACCGAAGAACCACCAUCGAACGUGCCAGUGACCUGCCGGAUCCGUCCUUCGACAAGUCUCCUAAUACGCGCAGCGCAACCCGUAGAAAGAGUGCCGCUUCCACGAUAGCGUCAACCCUGGAAGCCAACACCCCAGGCGAUAAAACUGCUCGCUCGGCGUCAGCAGCCAACACGCGAAGGCCGGGUAGCUCCCGGUCUGCGACUCCGAAGCGCCCUUCGAGCCCCAAAAUGGCACCUCCUGUACCUCAGGUCCCGUCCGUAUACACGAAUCUGUCUGCAAAUGAAGAAGCGGCGAUGGCGCCUGUUGAAUCACGCCCGUUCUCGAGGAGCAUGCCAGCUACACCGCAAGAUGAUGUGGAUAGUCUGACAGCAGGCGUUCGAAAACUCAACAUCAAGCUGAAAGUGCCGUCUCCUGAGGAACAUGCCGCCCGGGAAAGGGAACGCGAGCGACAGACUUCUAAGAGGGCACCCAAGACACCUAAUCCCUUUAAAAAGUCCUCAGGCACGAAGGGACUGAAUGCUCCCGUCAACAAAUUGGCAGCUCGUUCAAAUACGGCUCUGGUACGGCCAGAGGCAGAGAAUCCUAUCCCAUCGCCGCCCACAACUACAGGCAUGGUGGCCGACGGAUCCGGCAUCCCGGGUGAAACUGUCUUGAAUAGAUCCACGGUAAUGUCGACGGCAGUCCCAUCACAGACACUUCCUCCAGAAAUGGCAAUCUCUCCUCCUAUUACGCCGGGAGCCACCCAUGAUAUUACGCGUCCUCAACAUGCGUUGUAUUCCCCACCAAUCUCUGAGCCGUCUGUCAAGGCAGGCAUCCCGGUGUUUACAUCCAACAGCCCUAUUCCUUUUGCACCGGCAAGUGCUCACGACAAGGCAGCUCCAAGCAAGCCACUUACUUAA